AGGACGAGGAGAACGAGGAGGACGAGGAAGAGGGGAACGAGGAGAACGAGGAGGAAGAGGAAGAGGAAGAGGAAGAGGAAGAGGAAGACAAGAAGGUGCUCAAAGAGGACCGAAUCUGACAAAUGAGAUCCGCGCAACACUGGUUGACCACGUUGUCAACCACGGCCUGACGCUGAGGGAGGCUGGACUCCGAGUACAGCCAAAUCUAAGCCGAUAUACAGUGGCAAGUGUGAUGAGAACAUUUCGACUGGAAAAUAGGAUUGAGGGUCAGGGACGACAAGGGGGAAGGCCUCCUAUGUUCACAGAACAGCAAGAGAGGGAGAUAGUAAACAUGGUUUUGGCCAACAAUGCUAUAACACUCAAGCAGCUCCAAGCUAACAUUGUCAAUAACCACGCCAUUUUCAAUGAUAUCCAUCAGGUCUCAACAUCAACACUGGCACGCAUCCUAAAAAAGAAACAUAUUCAAAUGAAGCAAAUUUAUCGAGUGCCUUUCGAGCGCAAUUCCGAAAGGGUAAAACGACUGCGGCAUGAUUAUGCAGAGAGAGUUUUACGAAUGGAUGGAGAGGAGAUCCAGCAUGAGUUCAUUUACGUAGAUGAGGCUGGGUUCAACCUGACGAGAACACGAAGGAGGGGAAGAAACAUCAUUGGCCACAGGGCUAUAGUCAAUGUCCCAGGGCAACGUGGGGGUAAUAUAACACUCUGUGCAGCCAUUACACAGAAUGGGGUCCUCCACCGCCAUGCCCAUAUGGGCGCUUACAACACAGCACUCAUACUUACAUUCUUGGACCAAUUGCGCAACAUAACAGCAGCAAAUCAAAUAAAUCAUAUGCAAUACAUUGUUGUCUGGGACAAUGUGUCUUUCCAUCGCUCUGCUCUGGUUCAGAACUGGUUUCAGCAACAUCCACAUUUCACCGUCUUAUAUCUUCCACCAUACUCUCCAUUCCUCAACCCUAUAGAAGAGUUUUUCUCGGCAUGGCGGUGGAAGGUAUAUGAUCUCCGUCUCCAGGCUGAGGUACCCCUCAUCCAAGCCAUGGAGGAGGCCUGUGACCAGAUGGAGGUAGCAGCAAUGCAAGGAUGGAUUCGUCAUUCAAGACGUUUCUUUCCAAGGUGUCUUGCUAAUGACAACAUUGCCUGCGAUGUUGAUGAAAUUCUCUGGCCAGAUCCAGCUAGGCGAAGAGACAAUGUCUAGUUGUUGUUUUUUAACUUACAAUACGUAAAGUGACGUUUGAUUACAGUAUUAUGAAUCUCUAUGUCAACAUUUUGGGCGUGUUGAGAAAUAAAUGAGUUUCUUCAGUCUGCAACAUUGGUCUUGUGUAUUGUUUGGUGAAUUUACAUUAUAUUUGUACUUUGUUGAUAGUAGCCUACUCUAAUCAUAGGGAAGUAGAAGUGCUAAAAGUGUUUUAGGUUUAUCACAGCAGAGUGUAACUCGUGUAAACAGAGUAUAGUAAUGUGAAACGUGUGUGUUUCAUAUAGUAACAAAGUGUGGUUUUUAAAAAGAAGUGUAUAGUUUUUACAGGAGUGUUUAAUUUUGCAAAGGAUCUGUAGUGUUUUGCUAAUUGGGUGUGUGGUUGUGCUAAUUGUGUGUAGUGUUUUGAAAACACAGGCCCUGUUUUGAAAAUUGUGCUUAAGCAAUCGAGAAAAAC